GCUUCACUCUCUCAUUCUUGGAAUACAUUUGGAAAUGACUUUUGAUGACCUCAAGAGAAAGAGUAUGAAGGACCAACUUGAUCAGAAGCCAAAUGGAGAGGAAGCUAAAGGUCUUCAUUUUCAUUCUUCUCGGAAGUGGUACCCAGCUGCUGUGACUCUAGGGAUCCUUUGUCUGGGAUUACUGGUGACUGUUGUAUUGCUGGUAAUACAAUUAUCCCAGGUGUCUGAUCUCCUAAAGCAACAGCAAGCAAACCUUACUCACCAGGAAGAUAUCUUGGAGGGACAGAUUUUAGCCCAGCACCGGGCAGAAAAUGCUUCCCAGGAGUCACAAAGAGAACUCAAAGAAAUGAUAGAAACCCUUGCCCAGAAGCUGGAUGAAAAAUCCAAGAAACUAAUGGAACUUCAUCGCCAGAACCUGAAUCUCCAAGAAGAUCUGAAAAAAGCAGCAAACUAUUCAGGUCCUUGUCCCCAAGACUGGCUCUGGCAUGAAGAAAACUGUUACCGAUUUUCCUCUGGCCCACUUAACUGGGAAAAAAGCCAGGAGAACUGCUUGUCUUUGGAUGCCCACUUGCUGAAGAUUAGUAGCACAGAUGAUCUGGAAUUCAUCCAGCAAACUACAGCACAUUCCAGUUUCCCAUUCUGGAUGGGGUUGUCUCUGAGGAAACCCAGCUACUCAUGGCUCUGGGAGGAUGGUUCGCCUUUGAUGCCCCACUUGUUUAGACUCCAGGGAGCUGUUUCCCAGAAGUAUCCUUCAGGCACUUGUGCAUAUAUACAAAGGGGAACUGUUUUUGCUGAAAACUGCAUUUUAACUGCAUUCAGUAUAUGCCAGAAGAAGGCGAAUCUAUUGAGGGUACAGUGAAUGUGAAGGCUCUGGAAGAAAAGGAGAAGACCUUUGAAUUUUCUUCUGAAAAUUAAGCUAUACUUUGUCACUUAGGUGCAAACCAUAAAAGCCCUGAGAACUGCCUGUC